CUUACUCCUACGUAUCUAGCACCCAGUAUUCAACCCAGUAUUCAUCAUCUUAUCUGAGAUAUCUUGUCCCUCACAAUCAUCAUGGGCAGCGCAGAAUCCAUCCCCGUCGUGCCUCAAGCCCGCACUGCACCUCAUCGUGAGCGACGCGUCCCACGCGAAGCUCUCAUAGAGAGCUUUGACGAGAAGUUCGAUGCUCUGAAGAUCGAUCACGCCCACAGCAGCUCCGUAGAAAGAAUCAUCUUCCCCUCUCAUGGCAACUCGGAACAUGUAGACGCAGCUGCGACCCGCGACUAUGUCCUCAAAGUGCUCAAAGAUCCCAAGAACAGACUCGGACUUUCGGCUCUAUCGGCGAAUAACCCAGCAUCGAUCUUGGAGAAGCCCUCGACUUUGAUCAGGGAUACACAGUAUUUCAAUGUUAAAAUCCCGCAUGAGGGCUCGCCGGUGACGAAUCAACGGAGUAGUGGACGAUGCUGGAUCUUUGCUGCCACGAAUGUUUUCCGAGUUGCGAUUCAGCAAAAAUACAAUAUUAAGAGCUUUGAGCUGUCGCAGGCAUAUCUCUUCUUCCAUGAUAAAGUGGAGAAGGCGAAUUACUUCUUGGAGUCGAUCUUGGACACAGUUGAUGAGGAUGUCGACAGUCGGCUCAUUGGUGCUUUGAAUGCGAGUCCUGUAGGCGAUGGUGGACAAUGGGAUAUGAUCGUCAAUCUGGUCAGCAAGUACGGCAUCGUGCCUCAGACUCUUUACCCGGAUUCUUGGAAUGCCCAGAACAGUUCCAUCAUGGACCGAACGUUGACCACAAAGCUGCGAGAAGAUGGUCUGCGCCUGCGCGCGUUGAAGGCUCGUUCGGCGUCUUCAGCUAAAAUUGCAGAAGCCAAAGAGAAGAUGAUGCAGGACGUUGUUCGCAUCCUCACCCUUUGCCUUGGACCUCCUCCUGCGACGGAUGAGAGGUUUACCUGGGAAUUUUACGAUGCCAACAACAAUUUCAAAACAGUAACUCUGACGCCCCAGGAGUUCGCUGAUACCACUCAUGUCAAGAGAUUUAUCUCUCUGGUCAACGAUCCACGAAACGAAUACAACCGUCUUCUCACAGUCGAUCAUUUGGGCAACGUUUGGGAUGGAAGACCCAUCACAUACGUCAACGUCGACAUCAAUACCCUCAAGAAGGCCUGCGUGGCUAUGUUGAAGAAAGGCUUGCCCAUCUUCUUCGGCUCUGACGUGGGCAAGCAAUCUGAUUCUCGCGCAGGUAUCAUGGAUACUGAUCUGGUCGACUACGAACUCGGCUUCAAUGUCAAACUUGGUCUGUCCAAGGCCGAGCGACUACUCACUGGCGAGAGCGCCAUGACACACGCCAUGGUGCUUACUGCUGUACAUCUAGACGAGAACAACGAACCUGUCCGCUGGCGAGUGGAGAACAGCUGGUCGGAGACUGCUGGUACGGAUGGAUAUUUUGUCAUGUCGGACAAGUGGCUCGAUGAAUUUGUGUAUCAGGCUGUUGUCGACCCUAGUGUGUUGGACAAGAGUGUUAGGGACGUUCUGAAGCAGGAGCCAAAAGUACUUCCACUUUGGGACCCGAUGGGGGCUUUGGCAUAGAAGUGGCAAGCCAGCAGGCGUGCAAGACUUGUGGCAUUUGUUCUUCGCGGCUCGCGUCUUCAUCGUGCAAUACCACCUGGCCGGUCUUACCAUAUAGAUAUGAUAAAUGAAUGCAACGACGAUAUUUUUCGAUGGACG